AUGCCAGCACAACCGACAAAGCAAGCAUACGAAGUGUUGCAGUGUAACCUUAACCGCCAUGCUAGAGCUCAGGACCUUCUGAUGCACCACGUGGCGGAGUGGGGCAUUAGCGUAGCGGCGGUGGCAGAACCAUAUUUUGUUUCUCCGCAGUCUAACUGGGUUGGGGCAACGGAUGGAUUAGUGGCGAUGGUUGUUCCACCGCUGGGCAACCAUCCUCCUCUCACCAAAAUUGAGAGUGACCCUGGGUACGCAGCGGCCGAAUGGGGAGACAUAGUACUGGUAGCUGUGUACUUCUCCCCCAACAGUCCGCUGUUCGAAUUCGACCAGUAUCUUGUCAGGCUUGGGGGGGUGGUUGGGAGAGCGGCACCGUCGCCAGUGAUAGUUCCAAGGGACCUCAACGCCAAAUACAGAGCGUGGGCGUCUCCUGUAACGAACUCGAAGGGGGAAGCCCUCUGGAAGUGGAUAGUGCAGACUGGACUCGAGGUCUUGAACCAAGGCACCGAAUUUACUUGUGUGCGUCAGCAGGGGGGGGGAGUCCAUAGUGGACAUCACGUUAGCUACCCCUACCGCCGCGACGCGAACGACGGAUUGGCGAGUCCUGGGGGACACGGUGACCCUCUCUGA